AUGGCUUACGCGGGCGAUCUUGUGAACCAUGGUGGAGAAAGGACGCGGGAGGCUUUCCCUAAAACCGUGUGCGGCAAUCAUGGCUCAAGACGCGCAAGUCAGUCCGAGAGAUGCCCCACUAGCGCCGAUGCCAUGAUGAAGCUAUACCGAGAGAACACGGCUACACUGGGUGGCGGUAUUAGUGAAUGCAAGGUAGGGAUGAGCCUCGCCAUUACAGUCUGUGUGGCAAUGCUUGGCCAGUUCAUGCCAUCGGUAGGCAUGUUGGAUGUUGCCCAUGAAUCGAACACGGCAUUUUUGAAGCCGAGUGAACAUGUUUAGUUUCGCAGACGAGCAUCAAAAGGUUCAAAGCAUGAGAUCAGCCGUGUCAGUCAUGAGGUUGGAACUGUGUAAAC